AUGUCCCAAACCGAGAGAACUUUCAUCGCCAUCAAGCCCGACGGUGUCCAAAGAGGCCUGAUCUCCAAGAUCUUGGGCCGUUUCGAGGACCGCGGCUUCAAGCUCGUGGGCAUCAAGCUAGUCACUCCUACCGAGAACUUGUUGAAGGAACACUACGCUGAGCACGUUGGCAAAUCGUUCUUCCCAAAAAUGCUGUCAUACAUGAUGUCGGGCCCCAUCCUGGCUACCGUGUGGGAGGGCAAAGACGUGGUGCGUCAAGGUCGUACGAUCUUGGGCGCCACCAACCCAUUGAACUCUGCUCCAGGCACGAUCAGAGGCGAUUUUGCCAUCGACAUGGGCAGAAACGUGUGUCACGGCUCAGACUCCGUGGAAUCUGCCAACCGUGAGAUCAAUCUAUGGUUCAAGCCCGAAGAGUUGGCUGACUGGAAAAUGAACCAGCUAGCCUGGGUCUACGAGUAG